GUUUUGGUCUUGAGAUCCUGGUUUCGUAAAUUAAAUCAGUACGAAAAUUUUAAAAGGCGGGAAUAAUCUACGCAAUAGAUACAAAAUAUGCACAAAAUGUGGAUGUGUAGAAAUAUAUCCGAAGCUGGAAUGUAAAAUGUCUCUCCUAAACAGGUCUACAGAAAGUAGUAGAGGCCUACAUGAAGACAACGACAAAGACGACAAAGAGCGAGAGAGAGCGAGAGAGAUUAGUCAACUUCCUGUGCUGAAUCUCACACACCUAGAGUGUGACAGGGAUAGCAGUGUGUCAGUAUGCUGGGGUAACACACACUCCCCUUCCUCUGCCUCUUGGUCUUCACCUCUUUUGAUCAUCCGACAGGUCAUUAUGUCCAACAACAGCUCCAAUGUCUGCCACAACGACAGUGCAGGACACAACGACAUUUUCCGUGCUUGCAUAUACUCCUUCAUCUCCAUUGUGGGUCUCAUUUUUAAUCUUCUAGCACUGGUCUUUUUCUUCAGUCACACCAAAUCCAGAUCACAAACCAUUGUCUACAUGACUAACCUGUCCAUAGCAGAUGUACUGCUCAUCCUCACGCUGCCCAUGAGGAUCUGCUACUAUCUGGGAGUUCUUGACCUUUCUCAGUGGAUGUGUGAGGUCCUUGGUUUGGUCCUAAAGGCUAACAUGUAUGGAAGCAUUUUUCUCCUUACUUGCAUGUGCUUUGACCGUUGCAUGGCUGUCACCUUCCCUAUGUCACAUUUUGUCCAGGAAGGGAGAAAGAAAGCGCCGCUGGUUUGUUUCGGGAUAUGGAUACUCACCUUUGGUGCCAGCCUGCCCAUCUACCUUUCCAAGCGCAAAGAAGUUUUCCAUAAAGAUUGUUUUGAUAGUCUGCCAGUCUAUGCCACAAACCCUGCGGUGGUUUUACCCACUCUGUUUGUGGGGUUUGGGAUCCCGCUAGUAAUCAUGCUGAUCUGCUCCUUGUUUUUGAUCCACGCUGUCCGACGAAGCUCUGUGGCCCAGACCAACCUGGUGGACAGCGGAAAGAUCCAGAGGAUGAUUGCCACCAGCAUCCUUAUUUUCCUACUCAGCUUCCUCCCUUACCAUGUCAUCCUGGCUCUCCUCUCUCUUCACAGAGAAGAUAUAUCUUGCCCCAUGCAGGUUGCAUACCGCUACAGCCUGAUGCUGGCAUGUCUCAACACAGUACUAGAUCCAAUUGCGUACUAUUUCACCACGGACACCUUCAGGAGGAACAUAGAAGUAAGUGCCGUUCGGAUGCUGUUUCCUUUGAAUAGUCAAAGUUCUGAUGUGAACAGGAGCAGAAUGCCUAACAGCUAAAGGACUGAUGAAGAACUCAGCAGACGCUGCCAUCAAACACCUUCAAAGCUGACUUUCAACAAAACAUUCCAUAUUUCACCUCAGGUGACUGAGGUGAAUUUGUUUUGCCACCAAACAAAUAGAGCUUCCCUCUGGAGUGUCCACAAGCCAAAACAUUGAUUUACAAACCCUAUGACUAUAUACUAUAGAGUAUUAAUAUUGUUUGUGUUGAGUACAAUUAAACUAUUAUCUUUUAUUGCAAUAUAUAUGCAUUUUUCAAAAUGUUGCUUAGCCAAUAAAUGCUAAAAUAUCAA